CCCGGCCCGGAGCAGAGAACAGGGCCUCCCGGUGAAAAUGGACAGCCCGGAAUGACUAACCCUCCCCACCGGACGGUCCCUGCAGCAUAGAUCGCCCUGACCAGCUCACCCUUCCUUCCCACCAAGGGGAGGACCUUAGGUCAUGUGGUCCCUGUGCAUCAUCGUCAAGGCAACGUCACUAGUCCGGGGCCGGCCCAGAGCGGAGAAGAGGGGGCCUCCCGGUGAAAGUGGACAGCCCGGAACGACUAACCCUCCCCACCGGACGGUCCCUGCAGCAUAGAUGGCCCGGACCAGCUCACCCUUCCUUCCCAUCGAGGGGAGAAUAGCUUUUCUCCAGGUGACGCCAUGGGUAUGAUGCUACUUGCACAUAGGGCAGUGUCUCCAGGUCUCCAGUGUGGAUACGACCCCCAUCCUGUAUACUCUUAGGUCACUAUGAUCAUUAUCCAGGUUUUCGAUAUACAGUACCUGCGGGGUGCAGGCCCAACAGGCUUGUCACUGUGACAACAAAAUAACAAUUGCUGCAGAAUCCAACUCUCCAGAUACAGACAGCAAAGCUAUGCAGAAAAGCCAAAGGCUGGAACAUAUCUGAGGCUGGAAACAAUAUUCACCUGUCAUUUCUAUAUGUCGGUACGGAGGGCUCAAUAGCAGAUGUCAUGCAAGAACAGAAGUUGUGGAAUGACGAUCCCAGAGGAAACCGACAAAAAGAAAAAAUAUUCUGGAUUAGCAGUUCAGACCGUCAUGGAUCCUCUCGCACCCCAACGCAUUUGAGUCCCAUUAAAGAGAAAGUUAGAGAUAUUCAGCCACAAAAAGGUCCACCAAACAAUGGAAGAAAAGCGGCAGAUGUCUUGAAAAAAGAAAAACAUGUGGAGCUGGCAGCAGUAGAAGGUGCAACCUGUAACCUGCAAGAGAAAUCCAAAAACCAAGAGAGGGCGUCCUCUGCCUCACAGUACAGUAUCCGCCAAAAGAUCCACGUGACUGUCGGAAAAAAUGAGAUUGGGGAAUUCUGUCCGUCAUACAAUGCUGGUGUUCAUCCUUUGACAACAGGUAAGCCCGCCAUCACUGUCCACAACAACAAGGCUGCAAUGCCAGCUCCAUCUCAUCUCAACUUACAGACAUUAUCUCCUGUGCAAAAAUUUGGGUCCAGCACAUUGCACCUCUAUAUCCCCACUGCAUCUUAUGAAGAGGAGGAAACAAACACAGCCAGAAAAAAGAAUGAAGCCCCUGACAAAAAAGACUCAAAAAUUUCCAAAAAUGCUGUAAAAGUUGAGCCACUAAAGCCCCUGGUUCCGCAUUCGUCCCGACGUGUAACAGAGAAAUGGACACGUGUUCCAUGUAAAGAAGCUCUCUCCACGGCUAAUCUCUCCGUCCAGUUCUGUGGGGGCAGGGAUUCUCUACAUGCAUCCCUCAAUAGGGGGUCUCUAACAGAUAACACGAGACAAAGGGUCUUACUAGGCGAGAACAAUAACAUGAGGAAUCCCAUCCAAAGGCCAGUAAGUAAUUUAGGCUACAGACUGGGCUCUUAUCACUCGGACAAGAUAACGGAAAACUCAGAGUACGGACUCAACGUCAGCACCCUAAGGUUACGUGAUGAGAAACCCAAAGGAUCCUACUUGUUACAUCAGCGCCGAGGUCUGGACAAGAUAGAAUCCUUCCUCACAAUCAAAAGGGAGCACGAAAUGAACGAAGAGCAAAAUUCAAGAUGUCAAAGUGAGCCAGACAUUUUAGAUUUUGAGAAGCGGCAGACAUAUAUUUAAUAAUACCAUAUAGCCAAGUCCUAUAAUGCUAUGAUAUAGGUCAUAGGUUACAUAAUGUCCGUACACAGUAACAUAACAUUUAGUUUUCUUCCCACAUAUUUUUACAUAGCUUUGAGGCCCACCUGCCUAUGAAUAUGAUGACCCCCACUUUCUCUGCAAAGGGAGUCAGUAGGAGAAGUUGAUUCUUAACCCUUAAAUCAGUGGUUCCCAA